UAACAACUAGCAAAAACGUAUUUAACCAUAGAAAUGAACAAAUAUAGUUAAAUUAAGCACGUAGGCGGUAGCACAAUGAUUUUGAAUGAAGCUAGCCACGUGGGUUUUUGUUCUUCUUCCCAGCAUGUUGGAGUUAUAGAUCUGAUGAGAAUGAGAAUGAGACUGAUUCAUUAAUAGAAAUCUAAUCCCCUAAAACACCAAGGCAACAGCAUUGUUCGUGUUAGAUUUAUUCAUCAAAGUUUUGGAUUUUGUAGCUGAUUUGAUUCUCUUCAACCUCUUCGAAUUUCUGCAAUCCAUCUAGAGAUAAUUUUUUGAGAGGUUUGAAUAUCUUCUGAAAAAUGAACCAACAGAAUCAAGGACCCAGCAUUCCAUCAAAUGUUCCAAUGAAACGAAAACGGGGCCGACCACGAAAAGAAGAGAAUGUAGUGCAUAAAUCUGAAAAUGUGUUGAACUUCAAUCAGCCACCAACUGGCCAAGCUAAUGGUUCUGAUGGUGUUAUGUUGGGGAAGGUGGUCACUGGUGUCAUUGAAGCAUCUUUUAAUGAUGGAUAUCUUGUUAAUGUUAAGGUAGCAGAAACAGAUUCCUUUUUGAGAGGUGUUGUGUUUCUUCCAGGUCAAGUUAUUCCAGUCACUGCAGAAAAUGAUGUGGCUCCCCAUGUCCAAAUGAUCAAAAGGAAAGAGUUUCCAAUUCCAAUGGUAAACCCUCAGGUUCAGGCUCAGACUACCGAGGUCCAUGGUGCACUUACCUCAUUGCAACCUAUUGGGCUACAAAUACAGGUUCCUUUGCAUAGAGAGCACGCACUGCCGACCGAGAUUAUCUCAGUUCCACCAGGAAUAUCAGAACCUGAGCAUGUGAAUCAGUCUUCCUCUCUCAAAUCAGAGUUGGAAUGUGACAAAACUGUUAAACAAGGUGAUAAAUUACAUGAACUUGAUGUCUCCACACAGGUAGAAAAAUUAGGGUUUAGGGCUAAUAAUGGAGGAGCAGAAAAAGAGUCAAGGCCGGUGGCAUCUGAAACAAUGAACCUGUUUCCAGUAACCGGAAACACUGAUAAGGAGCUCAGAACUGAACAGCAAGUAUUUCCUUCAGUGCAUCAGUUGAAUGAGUUGGUUCAUGAUGAACCAAAUAGUUCAAAUACUGAACUCAACUUGGUUCCUUUAUGUGCUGAACCUGAAUCAAUGCAAUCUGAACAGACUAGUAAAUCUGUUGAAAACUUUGUGGAGAAGCAGAACUUGCCAGAAACAGAUUCACAGGAAGAUGCAAAUACAAAGCUUCUUUCUAUUGAGACUUUGAGCAAAGUUGACAAUAACAACUUAAAUUCAAAUGGAAAACCAAGUACUGGUAUUGCUAAUAUUCUUGAUGCGGUACCAAAUCAUACAGUUGAGAUAAGCCAACCUGAAUCAAUGCCAUCUGAACAGUUUGUUCAAUCUGCAGAUCUUUCUGACUCCAAGCUUGCAUCUGAUCAAGGAUGUGAAUUCAUGGAGAAGAGUGAUUCACAAAACUGUAGCUCUCUUGGCGACAUCAAUAAGGUCAUUUUCAAUCAUCCUAAUCAAUCUUUUGUUGAUGCAGUGCCUUCUGAAAACCAGAUUGGAUCAGGCACUUGAAAUUUUUUAAUUGGAAGAGAUGGAGGAGUCUAUGGAUGAAGAUCGGAAAAUUUACAUUUCAACCUCAUCACAGGCUUGAAAUCUGAUCCAAUCUUUAUCUGUCGACUCCAACUUUGCUGAAUAUAGUGACUGCAGUUAUUUUAUUGCAGCAAAUCCAUUUCCAAAAUAAACCAGUUUAGACUGUUUAGUAGUCAUUUGGUUUGACACACUAUUGGAAUUGAGUAGACAUUCAUAGUUACAGUUUUGGGUCCUCUUAAUGAUUUUCUUCUUAUAGUAUGUUCCUUUGCUCUACCUUUUGUUGUUUCAGUUAUUGAAUAAAAGAAUUUAACUUUCAGUUGUA